UUUAGAUGGCUAACCGGUUUUGAAGCAGCUUCGGCCCUUCUUGACGUACUUCCGGUGCUCCAGUCACCUCGCUCCCUCCCGAUGCUACCCGGUCGGGCUUGGCUGUCGGAGCGUAAUGGCGGUGCACCGGGGUCCCUCAACGAAAUGGCUUUUCACCCGGGAGCAGCUGGAAAACACGCCGUCUCGACGCAGCGGAAUCGAGGCUGACAGGGAGCUUUCUUACCGACAACAAGCCGCCAACUUAAUCCAAGACAUCGGCCAGAGGCUCAACGUCUCUCAACUGAUCAUCAACACCGCUAUAGUAUACAUGCACAGAUUCUAUAUGAUUCACUCUUUCACCAGAUUCCAUAGAAAUAUUAUUGCCCAGACAACAUUGUUCCUGGCCGCCAAAGUUGAGGAGCAGCCCAGGAAGCUGGAGCAUGUCAUUAAAAUAGCUCAUGCCUGCAUUAACCCCCAAGAGCCUGCUUUAGACACUAAGAGCAAUGCAUUCCAACAGCAGUCCCAAGAGCUUGUAUCACUGGAAACCAUUGUACUGCAAACGCUGGGUUUUGAAAUUACAAUAGACCAUCCACACACAGAUGUUGUGAGGUGUUCCCAGCUUGUACGAGCAAGCAAGGAUUUGGCACAGACAUCCUAUUUCAUGGCUACCAACAGUUUGCACCUCACCACGUUCUGCCUGCAGUACCGACCCACAGUGGUCGCCUGCGUGUGUAUCCAUUUAGCGUGCAAGUGGUCCAACUGGGAGAUUCCCGUGUCGACCGACGGCAAGCACUGGUGGGAGUACGUGGACCGCACGGUGACGUUGCAGCUGCUGGACGAGCUCACACACGAGUUUCUUCAGAUCCUGGAAAAGACGCCCAGCAGGCUGAAGAGGAUACGAAACUGGAGGGCUAUUCAAGCUGCUAAAAAGCCAAAGACAGAAGGUUCAGCUGGGGAUGCCUUCCAGGGGACUUCUCUAGAAAGCCUUCCCGGUGUCGCCAGCUCCUUCUUCCCUUCCACCUCCACAUCUGACGCCACAGACAUGUCCUCCCUGGGCGCCAUGACGGGCUCCUACGCAUCCUACCAGCCACUCGGUGACCCUUUCGCUCAACCUGCCCAUUCGGACUUCACCAUGUUGAAACACGAACACAAAGUCACCGCCGGCGCUGCUGGUAAACAACCACUCGCUGCAAACGCUGCGCCUUUUUCACGGCCGCAGAAAGUCUUGACUCUGGAAAAGUACAGAGAGAAACACGCGGCAGAGCUGGCUCUGCAAAACGGCAUCAAGGAAGAGGCCGGCACAGACAUGUACGCGCCGCCCGCCGCCACCACAUCGCACCACCACAAGAAGCGCUCGCAGGCGCUCUCGGGCAGUCAGUCAGGCGACGGCAGGCGAGAAAAAUCCAAAAAGAGUCGAGCGCCCGUGUCUUUCACGGAGAACGGCUCGGCCACCAGCGAGGAACUCAAGAUGAGAAUCAAAGUUUCAUCGGAGCGCCACAGCGGCUCUGAUCAGGGCAAAGAUAAGCACAAGGAGCACACGGGCCACCGCCACUCCAAACACAGCCACUCCCACCCGUAUUCUCUCAGUGCCAACUGCCGCGUGGACGCCGCCUCCGUAUCCCUGCGGGCUCCGAGCAGCCACAGCGGGGACGGUAGCUCGAGCUCCUCUCGGAAGAGGCCUCACCCCGAUGGCGGCCACCAUCACCACUAUCACCACUCGUCAAAGAGCAGCAGGAGCUCCAAGGCGGCCAUCAGCUCGGCUCACUACUCCGAGAGCGGCCAGCGGAUGAUGGAACACCACGGCCAUGAUGGAACCAACGGCCUGUUGACAGCCAAUGGCCAACACACUGACUACAAAGACACGUUUGACAUGCUGGACUCUCUACUAAGUGCCCAAGGAAUGAACUUAUAACCUCAGUGUUGUCCACACGACCGUAUUACCAUGUUGAAUAGACUUUAAAAAAAAAAAGAUUUUAUUUGUCUUAAGUUAUGUGAAUUCCGCAUCGCCCACACUGCUGAUGGUUCUUGUGAAGCUGUCGGAUGUAACGGCGUUUAUGCAUCAAACUGUGUGCGACAAAGGACAUGAAAAUGUUCACUUCAUGAUUUUAACGUGCAUGUUUUAAGUCGCGAAAGGGAAGCCGCAUAGCUAGUGCUUGCAGCCAUAAAAGACAGUUUACACACACUUAAUUUAUGUAUUUUUUUUUUUUAAUGUUCCACUGAAAAUCUCAGGUCUUGAACUUUUUUAAUAUAAGAACGAAUCUUUGGGUUUCAUACCUGCUUCUGUGGAGAAACGACACAUCGUCCUAUUUAAGACAACCAGGACCUUGGUACUCCCCAGGGACCAGUCUGCUUUUUAGUUUUUAAUCUUUUGUCCCUUAAAUGCCCCCUCCCCACCCUCCAGAAAAAAAAGCAGCAUCUUGAGCUCCACAUGCAGACGCAAUUAGCUCCACGAUUGAAGUUUACGUGACAUCUGUGAAAAGUGCAUUUCUGAUCCAUCGACUUACAUUGCAAGAGGCCUUUUGAUUGUACCGAGUUGUCCGAAAAUACCAACGUCUGAUUCCAGGAUGGUGUAAAUAGGACUGCAGUUCACUUUUACGGUUGUUGGGUCGAUGCCUUCGCUGUCUUUUGGAAAUCUAGAGCCGACUAUUGAUGAACUUUUCUUCAAUUUGUGUAUUGGGAACCCAAAUAAAGGUGUAAAAGUGACUUGUUUUGUUAACCGUUGCUAUGAAAACGAAUACUUUCACGAGAUGAACCCACAGAUGUAAAACAUUUUCUUAGUGUGGUGAGUUAUCGAGGCUUGCGAUGGGAUCAGCUGCUAAAUCCCCAACCAGGCAGAAUGGUUUUCAAAUUUUAGAUUAAAAAAACGUGAACCAUAGAUUAACUAACUGGCCUUUCUAAUGGCAAAUAAGUACAGGUGUGAUUUCUAUGAGCUAUAGUU